UCAAGAUACUUCACCUGAAAUUGACCUCUCUUUUGCCCUUUUGCAGACAACAACAACAACAACAACAACAACAACAAAGAACAAGAACAAGAACCAAAAGAAGAAGAAGAAGAAGCGUCUAGCGGGAUUUUUUGUUGUCUUUUUGUUGUAUAUCCUUCCCGUAAUGAGAAAAAAAAAAGUGAGGGGUGAGGGGGGGACGGGAAAUGUACGUGUGUGCGUGGGUGUGUGCGGGGGGAGGGGUGAUACACAUGUAGGAAACCCCAGGAUGUGCUUCAACCAUAUCCUGAAGACCCCAGUCAUGGUUUCGCCGUUCCUCGCGACGCUGCUGGUGCUGCCGCUGCUCCACCAGGGCCACGGAGGAGCCAAGUGCGUCGGCCAGGCCCUGAAGGAAUGUCUUGAGGCGGAGAUCGAAGUUGGAGAUGGGAACAGAACAGACAUCUAUGAAGACCCUCGUGAAAUACCUGGAAACUCGAGCAUCGGUCAAGCGUCUGUCAGGUUGUACGUGAAGCCCAUGGCGGACUUCAGAGGAGUUGACCUAAGAGCACACCACGCUAAGGGCUCCUCUGAUGACUCAAUGAUCUCACUCCCCGAACGUUGCUUCCGGAAGGGCGAUUCCUUGUGGUGGGAGUUGAACGCCACGAUGCGGGUGACCCAGAAGACACACUACAGCAUCCUUCACUUCGAGGUUGUGGCGGGAGAGUGCGAGAAGAGUCACCAGACGAAGGAAACGCAGAGUACCAAUUGGCGCUUCGUAGUGGGAGCUGGGGGCGCUUCCCUCUGGCGGCGAAACAGCACCCCGCCCGACUGCUGCAGGACCCGACCAGCGGACAACACAACACUGGCAGAUGACUACGCUUCCACAGACCCUUCCACCUCUCCGCCUCUGCCCGGGUCCUGCGGGUGUGUGGAGGCUGGCAGGGCGAUGGAAAUGGUGACUGUGGCUGUGGCUGUGGUGGUGGUGGUGGUGGUGGUGGUGGUGACUGUGGUGGUGUUGAUGCUGGGGGUGGUGGUGAUGAGGGAAAUGAAACAGAUCGUCAGACGAAGUCCCAAGGCGUCCCCAGUCGGCCGUGCAUGCUAGACCCAGCCACACAGCCAGCCAGCCAGCCACACAGCCAACCAGCCAGCCAGCCACACAGCCAACCAGCCAGCCAGCCACAGAGCCAGCCAGCCAGCCACACAACCAACCAGCCAGCCAGAGAGCCAAGCAGUCACACAGCCAACCAGCCAGCCAGCCACACAGCCAGCCAGCCAGCCACACAGCCAACCAGCCAGCCAGCCACACAGCCAACC